CCAGUAGGACCGUACUCGGGAGCAAGAAUUGAGCCAGAUUUUGGGCCUAGGCGACCGAAUCCCCGCCAGAAUCACCAGAAUCGUGAGCACCGCCAGAACCAGCCAUGUUGAGACCCCAGCCGCCACCGAUGCCGCUGCCCCAGCCGCCGGGGAAGCGCAAAAAGCCCGCGGAACUGCAGUUGGCCUGCGGAUGGCGCGGCUGCCAGGAGAUUUGCACGGGCGAAUGGAGUCUCAAUGGGCACAUUGCCGAGCAUCUGGAGCAGUAUGCCCGCGAGCAGGACCGCCGGGCGGUGGCGGAUCAGGCGGACCAUAAAACGGAGCACCAGUGCACCUGGAACGCCUGCGACUUCGCCACCGCCAACCUGGUGGAGUUCGAGCGGCACUCGUACUACCACGGCUACUACCUGCACCUCCUGCUGCAGGGCCAGCUGGAGUGCGACCUGCAUCCGGAGAUCCCCGCCUGCACGGCGCCCGCCCGCCUCGCGGACAAGCUGCCCCAUUUGGGCCAGAACUUCCGCUGCGGCUGGACGGACUGCGAGCGCGAGUUCGUCUCGAUUGUCGAGUUCCAGGACCACAUCGUCAAGCACGCCCUCUUCGAGUACGACAUACAGAAGACGCCCGAGGACGAGCGGCCCAAGACCAUGUGCAACUGGACCAUGUGCCACAAGCACAUGGGCAACAAGUACCGCCUCAUCGAGCACAUCAGCACCCACUCGAACAAGAAGCAGGUGGCCUGCUUCCACUGCGGCGAGCUGUUCCGCACCAAGACGACGCUCUUCGACCACCUGCGCCGCCAGCCGGAGAACAACACCAACAACUUUCAGUGCGCCCAGUGCUUCAAGUUCUUCGCCACCAAGAAGCUGCUGAAGAGCCAUGUGGUGCGGCACGUGAACUGCUACAAGUGCACCAUGUGCGACAUGACCUGCAGCUCGGCCAGCUCGCUGACCACCCACAUCCGGUAUCGCCACCUCAAGGACAAGCCCUUGAAGUGCAGCGAGUGCGAUACGCGCUGCGUCCGGGAAUCGGAUCUCGCCAAGCACGUCCAGAUAGUCCACUCGAAGACGGUGCACCAGUGCGAGCAUCCCGACUGCCACUACUCGGUGCGCACCUUCACGCAGAUGCGAAGGCACUUUCUGGAGGUGCACGGCAAUAAUCCCAUUCUGUACGCCUGCCACUGCUGCGAGCGCUUCUUCAAGAGCGGCAAGUCCCUGUCCGCCCACCUGAUCAAGAAGCACGGCUUCCGGCUGCCGUCGGGCCACAAGAGAUUCACCUACCGGGUGGACGAGAACGGAUUCUACCGCCUGGAGACGACGCGCAUCGAGAGUCUGGAGGUGACGCAGCAAAUACUGUCGCCGCAGGUGAACGUCUCGCUGGAGAUCGACCUGAAGCCGGGCACCGGCACCUGCUACGAGAUCGUGGACCCCACAAACGCCGAGUUCGAGCGCAUCAUCGUCUCGAACGAUCCGCACGAGGCGCAGCUGAUGGGCGAGGUGGUCAUCUCGCUGCCCAGCCUGACGGAGGAGCUGUGAGGAAGGCGCAACCGACGCAAGGCAGCCAACACUUUUGAUCUCGUGUGCCCCCUCCCAUUUCAGUUUAGACUUAGGUAGCAAAUAGGAUAGGAUGCGGAUAGGAUGUCAUAACGCCCAGGGGCGCAAUGCCCAUCAAAAUCGAGGGGUAACCAUUUAACUUUGUGUAAUAACUAUCCUAUAAGUAGGUAUUUUUCUAUCUAGGGUUUAUUUUUCACCUUUUCCUAAUUUGUUCAAAAUGUUCUCUACGAAAAAUAUACACUAAAAUCAUA